AUAAUCAAUGUAGACGUAAUUUGCUUACGAACUUGGAACUAUCUGGAAGAACUAUUCAGGAUAAUCAAUGUAGACGUAAUUUGCUUAAGAACUUGGAACUAUCUGGAAGCAAUAUAAUGAACUAUUCAGGGUGA